AGUUUCAUAUUUUUUUAUCACACACAGCUUCAUAAAAUAUAAAGAAAAGUAAAAAAAACAAUAAAGUAAUAAUUUUAAAGAAAAAGAACACAUAUUGCAAUAAAAAAAGGACAUACAACUUUUGCUACAUCAUCAUCAUUCUGUUGUUGUAAAUUAUUUUCAAUAUCAAAAUAAAUAACGAACUAAAUUGCAUAUUUUGUUCACGCACACAUUUAUAACAUUUUAUAUAUUUAUUAAAUAUAUAAGGAAAAUCUGUAAAAAAACGACAAAUAUAUUAAGAAAAGUCUCAGCUCUCUUAUGUUUUCUAUUUACUUCACAUUUCAAAAAUAAAACACACGCUCUUCUACUAUAAACACCCCACAACUUUUACUCUUAAAUUGUAAUUAUCACCUUUAAAAACUAAAAAAAUAAACAAUAAAACUACAUGUAUUUGCGAAGCCUAAAAGUCUGCUAUAGAAAAUAAUACUACAGAAAUUUAAAAAAAUAUUAAUAACUUUGUAUGUGAUAAUUUUCGUUUGCUUGUGUCAUACAUUUAAAUGUGCUUCUUCUUAUUCUUCUACUUUUGCCACCAAAAAAUAGCUUAAAUAUAGAUUUUGAAAAAAAAGAACUUUUUUAUAAAAUAUAAAAACAAAUUAAAAGAAAAUCAAUAUAAAGACUAAUUAACGGAUUUACCCCUUAAAACUGCAAACACAACUUUGACUUUAAAUCGAAAUUAAAAAAAAAAAACUAAAAACACAAAAAAACAAUACGCAUGAAUACAACAACAGUGUCCAGAGAGCGUGAUCAUCAUACUCAUCAUCAUCAUCAACGCGGUGAUAGCGCCGAAUCAACGUCUUCGGCCGCUGGCGUUACAUUCUCACCGAGCACAACCGCAACAGCUGGUGCUACGGCUGCAAGUAUAGCAGGCCUAACACCACCAACGGCAACAAGUGCUACCAGUAGUAGUGGCACUAUGACGGGUAGUGUAGGCAGUGGUGGUGGCGUGGGUGUAGUGGGCGUGUCAGCUUUUCGUGGCUUUCGCAGUCAAUCGCCCUCGAAUCGUCGUAGUCGGGAACGAAAUCGUACACACGCUCGAACUCAUGGCUCGGAUCAGGGUGGACUGUUGGCCUAUCAUGGCGGCAUGGGUGUUAGUGGUAUGUCUCUGGGAGGUGUUGGUGGUGAUUUAACUAAUAUGGAUAUAGGUUUAAGUAGUGCUGGUGGUUCUGGUGGUAUUACAGAAGAUUCCCGUUUAUCAGGCAAUGAAGAUCUUUGUUAUCAAUCAUUUGUCUCCGAUGAUUUAGAUGGCAAUCCUCAUGGCUCUUUGGGCGAUACAAGUAAAAAACAUCAUCGUCGCCAUGAACGCACUUUAAGUUUACAAGCUUUAGAUCGUUUAAAUACAAAAAUUCAAUGUACAAAAGAGUCCAUACGUAAAGAACAAACUGCCAGAGAUGAUAAUGUAAAUGAAUAUUUAAAAUUAGCCGCCAGUGCAGAUAAACAGCAGUUGCAACGGAUAAAGUCUUUACAGAACGAAAUUGAAAAUCUUAAACAAGCUAUAGCCGAUAUGGAAGAAAAGGUGCAAUAUCAAAGUGAUGAACGUCUGCAAGAUGUCAAUGAAGUUUUAGAAAAUUGUCAAACUAGAAUUUCAAAAAUGGAACAUUUAUCACAACAACAAUAUGUAACGGUCGAAGGUAUAGACAAUUCAAAUGCCCGGGCCUUGGUGGUAAAACUAAUAAAUGUGGUUUUAACCAUAUUACAAGUAGUGCUAUUACUAGUGGCCACAGCGGCCGGUAUUAUAAUGCCAUUUUUAAAAACAAGAGUUCGCGUUUUAACCACGUUCUUAUCGAUAUUUCUUAUAAUUUGUGUGAUACGCCAAUGGCCUGAUGUUCAGGAUAUUGGCGCUGGUUUAUUGCGUCAUUUAAAACAGUCGUUGGUUGUUAAAUAGAUACGUUUUUGAUUUCUUGUUUUGUUUAUAUAAACGUGCUUGUCUUGUAUAUAAGAAAAACAAAAAUAUUAACAUUUUAUUUUGUUUUGUUUUUUUGUAUUAAAAUCAAAGAGCUUAAGAUAAUGAUGUAAAAAUUA